GCCCGCCGCCUGCCGCGGAUCGCGUGGUCAGCUCGGCUCGCCGCGCCUCUCCCCCGUCCGUCCAUAUUGCUGCAGCCCCCGAGCCGGGAAGCCCGGGCCGCCCCGGCGGCGGGGGGGAGGGAGGGACGGGACGAGAAGCCUGCCAGGCUCGGGGUGGGGACGCCUUGCGAGGAACGGGCGGGGGGGGACGCGCGCCGAGGAGGCCUGGACCGCAUAGUGGGGGGCCUUCGUCCCCCCCCCCGCCCGGCCAGCGGGCCUUGGAUCUACGGCGGCUGCAUCCGACCCGGAGGGGAGCCGCGCCUAGCGUGAACCCCGACCCUUCUCCGCCGGGACUGGGGCCCAGCGCCCCGGAGGAAGGCGUCGCGGGCGCUCGGAGAGCCAAGUUCGAGGCGGGGGAGGCAGCCUCGGGCGCGCCCGGCUUCUCCGGGGGGGCGGGCGCGCAGAUGGCCACUCAGGUGGAGCCGCUGCUGCCGGGGGGCGCCCCACUCUUGCAGGCCGAAGAGCACGGGGGGUUGGUGAGGAAGAAGCCGCCGCCGUCGUCCGAGGGCAAGGGCGAGCCCGGGGCGAACGACGUCGGAGGGGGGGAGCCGGACGGCGGCGCCCGGAGACCUCGGCCGCCCUGCGCCAAGCCACACAAGGAGGGCACAGGGCAGCUGGAGCGCGAGAGCCCGCGGCCGCCGCAGCCGCCUGGCGCCGAGGGCCCGGCCGUCAGCGACGGGGAGGAGGGCGGCGGCGGCGAGCCGGCCGCUGGCGGAGGAGCUGCCGGAGCCGUGGGCGCCGGGCGCCGAGACUUCGUGGAGGCCCCUCCGCCCAAGGUGAACCCGUGGACUAAGAACGCGUUGCCGCCGGUCCUGGCCACCGUGAACGGACAGUCUCCUCCAGAACAUGCUGCUCCGGCCAGGGUGGUGAGGGCAGCAGUUCCUAAACAGCGCAAAGGUAGCAAGGUUGGUGACUUUGGAGAUGCAAUCAACUGGCCAACACCUGGAGAGAUAGCCCACAAGAGUGUGCAGCCACAGUCCCACAAGUCUCAGCCUGCCCGCAAGCUGCCACCCAAAAAAGACAUGAAGGAACAGGAGAAAGGAGAGGGGAGUGAUAGUAAGGAGAGCCCGAAAACCAAAUCAGAUGAAUCGGGGGAGGAGAAGAACGGGGAUGAGGACUACCAGCGAGGCGGGCAGAAGAAGAAAGGGAACAAACACAAGUGGGUUCCGUUGCAAAUAGACAUGAAGCCUGAAGUGCCCAGGGAGAAACUGGUCUCUCGCCCUACUCGCCCGCCAGAGCCACGACACACACCUGCCAACCGCGGGGAGAUCAAAGGGUCUGAGCCUGCCACCUACGUGCCCGUGCCCGUGGCCCCCCCCACCCCAGCCUGGCAACCAGAGACCAAAUCGGAGCCUGCCUGGCACGACCAGGAUGAGACAUCGAGUGUGAAGAGUGAUGGGGCUGGUGGGGCGCGGGCUUCCUUCCGUGGCCGUGGACGGGGGCGUGGUCGCGGCCGGGGACGCGGCCGGGGUGGCACUCGAACCCAUUUUGACUACCAGUUCGGCUACCGAAAGUUUGACGGUGCAGAGGGGCCGCGCACCCCCAAGUACAUGAACAACAUCACCUACUACUUUGACAAUGUCAGCAGCACUGAGCUUUACAGCGUGGACCAGGAGCUGCUUAAAGACUACAUCAAACGCCAGAUUGAAUACUACUUCAGCGUGGACAAUUUAGAGCGAGACUUCUUCCUGCGACGGAAAAUGGAUGCUGACGGUUUCCUUCCCAUCACACUUAUUGCGUCCUUCCACCGAGUACAGGCCCUUACCACUGACAUUUCACUCAUUUUUGCGGCCCUAAAGGACAGCAAGGUGGUGGAGAUCGUUGAUGAAAAAGUCCGCCGAAGGGAGGAGCCAGAGAAAUGGCCUCUUCCUGGUCCCCCAAUAGUGGAUUAUUCCCAGACUGAUUUCUCCCAGCUUCUCAACUGCCCAGAGUUUGUGCCCCGCCAGCACUAUCAGAAGGAGACAGAGUCGGCGCCUGGCUCUCCCCGUGCUGUCACACCAGUGCCAACUAAAACAGAGGAGGUCAGCAACCUAAAGACCCUGCCCAAGGGCCUGUCUGCCAGCCUCCCUGACCUGGAUUCUGAGAACUGGAUUGAAGUGAAGAAAAGACCUCGGCCCUCCCCAGCACGACCCAAGAAGUCAGAGGAGCCCCGGUUCCUCCACCCGACUACUCUGCCUCAGCAGCUGCCCUCUCAGCAGCUGAUGUCCAAGGAUCAAGACGAGCAAGAGGAACUGGAUUUCCUGUUUGACGAGGAAAUGGAGCAGAUGGAUGGGCGGAAGAACACCUUUACCGCCUGGUCUGAUGAGGACUCUGACUAUGAGAUUGAUGACCGGGAUGUCAACAAGAUCCUCAUUGUCACCCAGACGCCACCUUACAUGCGCCGGCACCCGGGGGGGGACCGCACAGGCAACCACACCUCGCGUGCCAAGAUGAGCGCUGAGCUGGCCAAGGUCAUUAACGAUGGGCUCUUCUACUACGAGCAGGACCUGUGGACUGAGAAGUUUGAACCCGAGUAUUCCCAGAUCAAGCAAGAAGUCGAGAACUUCAAGAAAGUCAACAUGAUCAGUCGGGAGCAGUUUGACACACUAACCCCUGAGCCCCCUGUGGAUCCCAACCAAGAGGUCCCUCCUGGACCACCUCGCUUCCAGCAAGUUCCCACUGACGCCCUGGCCAACAAGCUGUUUGGUGCCCCUGAGCCCUCCACCAUUGCCCGCUCUCUACCAACCACUGUCCCAGAGUCGCCAAACUAUCGCAACGCCAGGACCCCUCGCACUCCCCGGACACCGCAGCUCAAAGACUCAAGCCAGACGUCACGGUUUUAUCCAGUGGUGAAGGAAGGUCGGACGCUAGAUGCUAAGAUGCCUCGGAAAAGGAAGACCAGACACAGCUCAAACCCACCCUUGGAGAGUCACGUGGGCUGGGUGAUGGAUUCCCGCGAGCACAGGCCCCGGACUGCUUCCAUAAGCUCCAGCCCCUCAGAAGGCACGCCUGCGGUUGGCAGCUAUGGCUGUACCCCUCAAUCGCUGCCCAAGUUCCAGCAUCCUUCCCACGAGCUGCUCAAGGAAAACGGCUUCACACAACACGUCUACCACAAGUAUCGUAGGCGCUGCCUUAACGAGCGGAAACGCUUGGGCAUUGGCCAGUCUCAGGAGAUGAACACUCUCUUCCGCUUCUGGUCCUUCUUCCUCCGAGAUCACUUCAACAAAAAGAUGUAUGAGGAGUUCAAGCAGCUGGCUCUGGAGGAUGCCAAAGAAGGCUACAGAUAUGGUUUGGAGUGCCUUUUUCGAUACUACAGUUAUGGCCUGGAAAAGAAGUUCCGGCUGGACAUAUUUAAGGACUUUCAGGAGGAAACCGUGAAGGACUAUGAAGCUGGUCAGCUGUAUGGGCUGGAGAAGUUCUGGGCCUUCUUGAAAUAUUCCAAAGCCAAAAAUUUGGACAUUGACCCCAAACUUCAAGAAUACCUCGGCAAAUUCCGACGUCUUGAAGACUUCCGAGUGGAUCCCCCCAUGGGUGAGGAGGGCAACCACAAGCGACACCCAGUGGCAGCAGGAGGUGGCAGCGGUGAGGGCAGGAGGCGGUGCCCCUCCCAGUCUUCCGGCAGGCCCUCCGCCGUGGUCGGCCAACCCCCCACACCAGCUACCGGCCAGCCCAUCCGAGAAGACGCUAAAUGGACAAGCCAGCACUCGGACGCACAGACUUUGGGAAAGUGAAAAACCCUUUAGCCCUGGGGUUUUGUGGGGAGAAGGGAUGGAGGGGGUAGGUGAGAGUCUGUGGGGGUGCCCAGUCCCAGGAGAGGGGACAGAGAAGGGACAGGCCUGUAGUCGUUAGGAUGGGCCUUUGUGCUGAGUAGCAGCGUGUACACCAUUUGGGCUAUCAGAGGCGCCCCUGGGCAGGAGCCUCCACACACCCCUUCCCUCUUCUCUCUCCAUGGCUCUUCUUCACAUCCUAGCUUCUUCUGGGGGGGGGGAGGGUAAGGGGGGAAAUUUUUUUUAUAUAUAUAUAUAUAUACAUAUAUAUAUAUCAAGUUUUAAAUUAUUGAUAGUUCGUCUGGAUUACCAAAAUCACUCUGCAGCCCUGCCCGCGGCUGGUAGGCCGCAACCCUGGUCCCCAUCCACAGCUGCGUCCUGCUCCCCCGCCAGCCAACUAUGCAGCCCACAGAAAGGCCCUGUGGGCCCCAUUGCCCAGCACUGUUUCACAGAAGGCUCUGGCAGCGUCCCUGGGCCCCACGAACACCAGCCCCUUGAUCAUCUGGGGCUUGCCAUCACCUUGUUCUCUCCCUGCUGUCCCUACCACGCCCUCCUGCCAUCUUCCGGGAGAAGGAAACCAAAGGAUCUAGAAGGUGGGGGUGGGGAAGGUUUCGGCCUCUCUCCACUCCCCUCCCCCCAUGCCCCUUACUCCCCAGCCCAGAGAGACGCUGCUCGUACCAGAAGAGACUAUUGAAAGAUGAUUUAUUUUAUUUUUCUCUGACCUUUCCAUCCUUGGGAAAAUGGAAAAGAAAAAAAAAAAAAAAGACAAAA